AUGACAUUCCUUUGCAGAUUUCUCAUCUUCUUCGCGUUGCUUGGUGCUCAAAUUCACUUCAUCUCUAGUGUUACUGACUCUGGAGAUGCUGCGGUGCUCAAAUCUUUGAAGGAUUCAUGGCAAAAUACACCACCAAGCUGGCAAAAUUCAGAUGACCCUUGUGCAUCCUGGGAUGGAGUUUCAUGUAAAAAUUCAAGAGUCACUGCUUUGGCAUUGUCAACAGUGGGACUUGUGGGGAAUCUUAUUGGAGACAUUGGAGGGCUCACUGAGUUGACAUCAUUGGACCUUUCGUUUAAUCAAGGUCUCAAAGGUUCAUUCCCUCCGCUUAUAGGAGAUCUCCAGAAGCUGAACAUCCUAAUCUUAUCCGACUGCAGUUUCAGCGGUAUCAUUCCUGAAGAAAUAGGCAAUUUGGGAGAGCUCUCUUUCCUGGCUCUGAACUCGAACUUCUUCAGUGGACCAAUCCCUCCUUCUUUAGGUAAACUCUCCAAGCUCUACUGGCUUGACUUGGCGGACAAUCAAUUGACAGGAACAAUCCCAGUUUCUACAGUCAAUUCUCCAGGAUUGGACCUCCUCAAAAAGGCUAAACACUUCCAUUUCUAUAAGAACCGUCUUUCUGGUUCUAUUCCCCCACAACUUUUCAGCUCUGACAUGGUGCUCUUGCAUUUAUUACUUGAUGGAAAUCAACUUACUGGGACCAUCCCAAGCACUUUAGGACUUGUUCAAACUCUUACAGUUCUCCGGCUUGAUGGAAAUGCUUUGGCAGGAGAAGUACCAUCAAAUCUCAAUAACCUUACAUCCAUCAACGAACUGAAUUUGGCAAAUAAUGAGCUGACUGGUCCUUUUCCAGACUUAAGUUUAAUGAAUUAUCUCAAUUAUGUGGAUCUUAGCAACAAUUCAUUUGAUCCAUCAGAUGCUCCAUCUUGGUUCUCAACUUUGCCAUCACUCACCACUUUAAUAGUAGAACAUGGUUCACUUCGAGGGCUUGUUCCAGAUAAACUCUUCAGCUUCCCAUUCAUACAGCAAGUGAAGCUGAGGAACAAUUCUUUCAAUGGUACAUUGAACUUAGGAGGCAAGGUUGGUGAACAGUUGCAGCUUGUUGAUUUGGAGAACAACCAAAUUUCUGCACUAGCAUUAUCUGAAAACUCCAACCAUACAUUAAACUUAAAGCUUGCAGGGAACCCAUUGUGCACUGGAUCCCUCUCAAAUCUCAGCUUCUGCCAGGGCCUGCAACAAGCUGGAAAGCCAUAUUCAACCAGCUUGGCUCACUGUGGAGGCAAAUCAUGCCCUUCUGAUCAGAAACUCAACCCACAGAAUUGUACAUGUGCCUAUCCAUAUGAAGGAGAAUUGUAUUUCAGAGCACCCUCCUUCAGGGAUUUGUCCAAUGUGAACUUGUUUCAUGCUCUAGAGAUGAGCCUGUGGGUGCAAUUGGGGCUCAACCCUGGUUCAGUUUUUCUGCAGAAUCCAUUCUUAAAUACUGACGACUACCUUCAGGUUCAGGUGGCUCAGUUCCCAUCUGGGGGACUAUAUUUUAAUAGUUCAGAAGUCGAGUGGAUCGGAUUGCAGUUUGCUAGCCAAAUCUACAAGCCUCCUCCGGAGUUUGGCCCCUACUUUUUCAUUGCUUCUCCUUACCACUUUCCUGGUUACUAAAUCUCCCAUUCUUUCUGUUGAAUGUAAUAAUCAUAGAAUGGUGAAUUGACUAGAGACAGCCAUUCUGAUUCAUGAAUUUGUUCAGAAUAAAGUAAUUCAAGAUUUGCUUGUAAUUUACAGUUAAA